AUGGCCUUGACCCUCGUCAAGCGCAGCUUUCAAGCGGGCAGGAGGCACUUCAGUGCUCAGAGCGCUGUCCGGCAUGAUUGGACGCGUGCAGAGAUCCGGGAAAUCUACCACGAGCCGUUGUUGGAGCUGAUCUUUCGAGCGGCCAGUGUCCACCGCACCUACUUCAAUCCGCGUGAGGUGCAGCAGUCCACCUUGCUGUCCAUCAAGACGGGAGGCUGUGGUGAAAAUUGCGGAUACUGCUCGCAGAGCCAAAGCUUCAAGACCGCGGUGAAGCCCACACCCAUGAUGCAAGUCGAAGAGGUUGUUGAAGCCGCCCGCAAGGCCAAGGAGGCAGGCUCCACUCGAUUUUGCAUGGGAACGGCCUGGCGAGGGGUGGGCCAGAAAAAUGCAUUCAAAAACAUCUUGACAAUGGUCAAAGAGGUUUCGUCCAUGGGCAUGGAGACUUGCUGCACUUUGGGCUUGCUGAAUGCGGAGCAAGCGAAGCAGUUGAAGGACGCUGGCCUGACAGCCUACAAUCACAACCUCGACACCAGUCCAGAGCAUUAUCCCAAUAUCGUGUCCACCCGCACCUAUGCGGAUCGCCUGGAGACACUUGCCAAUGUCCGGGAGGCCGGGAUCAGCGUGUGUUGCGGGGGCAUCCUUGGCAUUGCGGAGACUGAGGAAGACCGCAUUGGGCUGCUCCACACCCUCGCGACCUUGCCAGAGCACCCAGAGUCGGUUCCAAUCAAUGCCCUUGUUCCAGUGGAGGGUACGCCGCUGGGUGAUCGUCAGAUCAAAAUGGGGACAGGCGUGACAUGGCGUGAUAUGCUGAGGUCCAUAGCGACUGCAAGAGUGGUCAUGCCACGGUCCAUGGUGCGCCUGUCAGCUGGGCGGAUGGAGUUUUCGCAGGAAGCUCAGGCAAUGAUGUUCCUGGCUGGUGCCAACUCGAUCUUCACUGGGGACAAGCUGCUGACAACGCCCAACCCCAAGUUCUCAGAGGAUGCCAAGAUGUUCGAAGUGCUAGGCCUCAGCGGCAAGAAGCCUUUCACUGGCAACACGGCCACCCUUCGACCAGGUUGGGUGCCUGAAGUGGAAGCUAAAACCAUGGCCCACAUGCCAUCGGGUAUGGCAUGGGAGGGCUCCAAACCGCGCGAAGUGACAUUCUGA